AUGGAGAGCGCGGCCAAGCGCAAAGCCGCGAGUGCUGCAGCGGGCGACCACGACGGGCGCCCUGCGAAGCGACAAAAAGGGACGGCCGAGACGCCCAAUUCCAGAUCAGAGACGGUCGAGUCGACCACGACGGCAGGCUUGAAGUUCCUCGACAGCUUGAAGCAGGCCAAGGACAAGACCGGACGCCCCAUCGCCGUCCACUUCCUCACUCUCCCCGACAAGGCCGAAGUGCCCGACUACUACGAGUUCACGAAAUUGCCUAUUGCUAUUGAUACUAUCGAGAACAAACUCAACAACGGCGAAUACGCGUCCCUCGCUCAAGUCGAGAGCGACUGCAAGCGACUGGUCAACAACGCAAAGGCCUUCAACGACAAGAACUCCGUCAUAUACCAAGAUGCCGAGCGUCUACGCAAGACCGCCUCCAAUUGGAUGGUCAAGCACAAUCCCGCCUACCGUGACGGCAACUAUGUCGCAACAGCCACCCCGAUCCCAGGCGAAGACAACUUCACCCCGUCGAAACCUUCCCCCCGCGUUACCUCGACCCCAAGAACCGCCCACGCACAUACACCUGCCACGCAAGAUACAGCCGACCGCCCUCGACGUGCAGCUGCCAUCGCGGCGUCGGCUACACCAGCACCGUCGAAGUUGCGACAGUCGGCGUCUGCUGCGCUGGAAGAAGACGAUGAUAGUGCUGAUUAUGCAGGAAAGACAUUCCAGCAGGCACAAGAGCAGAUCGUGAGGGAAAUUCUUGAUUAUGAGGACCAAGGACUGCAGAUAUUCCUACCCUUCCAAAACCUCCCGUCGCGCAGCCUGAAGGACUACUACCAGCUGAUCAAAGAUCCCAUGUCGUUGGCCGCCAUACAGAAGAAGGUUCGUGGAGUGGUAGGACGCGAGGCUCCGACAGGCCAUACAUUGUUCAAGAGCUGGGACGCUUUCGAAGAAGCUUUCAGUCUGAUUUGGAAGAAUGCUCGUAUCUACAACGAAGAUGGUAGCGACAUCUACAACCUCUCGCUCGAGCUUGAAGAAAUCUUCAACAAGAAACUCGAAGAAGCCAGAUCCAAAGUCAGCGAGCCAACGCAACCGAAGCUGAAGCUUAACAUGUCCAGCGCCGCAGCGGCUCCAAAACAGCAGCUCAAGCUGAAGCUGAAGCCGAGCCCGGGAUCAGAGCGUAACACUCCAAGUGCUCGCGAUUCUGCGACGCCUGGCGUCAUUGUUGACAACGAUGCCCUUCAGCGACAACAACGACAUGUUCUCGAUAGCGUGGGCAACCGAUUAUCUCAAGCCCCACCUGGGAAAGCCGCGACGCCAACAGCACCUGCCAAUCCGUUCACUGGACCGAGAGGUGGUGCUUCGUCGAUUGCACCACUCUCUGCCGCCCAGAACAAAACCGCAGGAUCCCCGCCCGCCGUCAACGGUGUCAAGCAAGACGUCCAAUCCCCUGCCCUGAGUGCCAUCAGGCCGGCCAGCACUGCACCGGAUAGCCAGGCUGCCCGACUCAGCGUCCCAGCGCAGACUCCACAUCCGAGUAUGGCCCCUCCACAGAGUGUGUCUCGCCAGGCAAGCGGCAGUCCACAUCCGAACGGUAUCGGGCUGCAGAAUGGAAAUCACGUUCCCUCAUUCCAAACGCCAACUUACUACGCGCCUCCACCAGUAGCCCGCGUAGACAGUUUCAGAAAGGUGCCACUCAAGAGUAAGUGUAGCAAUCCUGAUUCAAGAGAUCUUCCAUUAACAAACGCAGGCGUCGACGAAGCACUAAUACCCAAAAUCACACUCAAUACCCACCCAGCGCUUAACCCAUCGAAGCCAUGGUCUACGAGCAUCCUGGCGAACAAACAAAAGACCAUGUAUAGUGCCACGAUGGUGGUCGCACCGUCCAACUCUUACAUUCAAGUUGUACCCAAGGUCCCUAUCGCGCUUACAAGCCGGAUGUACCGCCUCUUCGUCACCGUGAAUGGCAACAAGACACUCGAAGCAAAUCGUGUUCCUGUCACGGCAGGCAUCAACGGCACAAGCCCAAGUCCCAGUUACGAGGGCGGUAAGAAGAAGGGCGAGCCACUGUUCGAAGCGAAACUCGUAGCUGGCGUCAAUCGUAUCGAGGUUGAGAUCGUCGCGGAGAAGGAGCGCAAGGUUCAGCCUGAGAGUGGCACUGCAAAGAAAGAGGAUGUCGAGAUUGAAAAGUGUACAAUCUUCCUACAUUUACCUCGGCAACCGACGCAUUAG